AUGAUCUACCCGAGGCCGCUGCUGCUCGGACUCUGCUCUCUGCUCUUCAUUCUGGUGGUCUACCUGUCGGCUUCAACAACCCCGCUCUCGCUCUCCGCGCAAGGAUGCCGCAUGUCAUGGAUGUCCCCGUCCUACCUGCUCCAGACCGGCUUUGACCACCGCUGGACGCGGCCGACGCUCGCCAGACGAUACUCGCUCUGGCUCUACAGAGAAGUAGGUUGGGAAGAUGAGCUACACGGAUCACCCGUGCUCUUCAUACCAGGAAACGCUGGCUCGUCGCACCAAGUCAGAUCCAUAGCGUCAUCGGCGACCCGACAAUACUUCUCCUCACCCUACAUUGUUGCGCCUGAGUUCGCCGCGCGCAAUGUUAGAGACCUCGACUUCUUCGCUGUCGAAUACAACGAAGACUUGUCCGCAUUCCAUGGAACAACGCUCGAGUCACAGACAUCCUACGCCGCGGAUGCCGUGCGCUACAUCCUGUCGCUCUACCCGCCCAACACCCACCUAACGAUCCUCGGGCACUCCAUGGGCGGCAUCGCCGCCGUAUCUCUCCUAGACUCCCCGAUCGCCGCCGCAAACAUUUCUGCGGUGAUCACUAUGUCCACACCCCACACCCUCCCCCCCGCUCGGUUUGACCGUCGCAUUGAUUCUAUAUACCGCACUAAUGCAAAGAUUCUAGCAGAAUCGAGCACGCCCAUCCUGAGCCUCUGCGGCGGCGCUACGGACAUGAUGAUCCCGUCCGAAUCAUGUAUUCUCCCAUCUUCACGCUCUUCACUCACAACACCGUAUCGCAAAACGGUAUUUGCAUCCGGACUUGCGGGCGCGUGGACAGGCGUCGGUCACCGGGAGAUGGUAUGGUGCCAUCAGGUCCGCUGGCGCGUCGCGCGCGCCGCCCUCGAGCUAGCUCAUGCGCCAGUUCCUGCAGCGGCUCUCGAUGCAUGGCUCGAUGACGGUCGUGUGCCAUCAGCCGUCACCGACGACAUUCCGGCCUCGCUUACGCUCGAUCUCUCGCGUUCGGAGGUGCUCCCUGCGAGCAUGCCUCUUGUGCUCGUGGGCCCUAACGGGUUCAAAGAGCGGAUUUGGCUUAUCACAAUCCCCAGAGCUGACGAAAACAACAACCGGAGGAUGAAUCUCGUCAUGUAUGUUUCGGGCGCCAUCCCACCAGUCGCUCCGCAGAACGCGAAUGCGCUGCAGGUGACGGUCUACUACUGUGCCGGCUCUUCCUCCGUACCGGAAGAUGGCAAGGAAUGCGAACGUAUCGCGCCAUUCCAGCAUCGGCUGCUGCCGAGUCCAGUUCCAGGGAAGAAAUUCCCUGUGCCUGGAGAGGGUUCAGAUGAGAGUGAGGGCGUCGUAUACUUUGAAGCAGAUGUCACUGCCGCUCCGAAUGGAUGGGUGGCGCUUAGAGUGCAAGGAGCGGACGGGCGAGGGUGGGUGGCUGCCGGGUUUGAACCCGGCGACGCCCUGUUGAACGACGCCGGAACUUUCGAUCUAGCUAUCGGCAAGACGUUGGUAAAUGUCGAUCCUACCGCCCUUCGCACGCGUAUUCAUCUGCCGAACCUCCUGGCGAACGUUCUCCUCGUGUAUCGCCUCACCCCUAUCAUGCAACCCACUUUUACACGGGAGAAAUGCUCACAAAGUUUCUUAUCGCCGCUCCUUACGCAUACGUCCGGAGGCGCCAAUGUGGAGACACACUAUCACCCACUCUCGCCGCUUACGCUACAACACCCAGUUCUACUGCACACACACAUUUCUGGACCGUACAUCGCGUCGUCAGCCGGCGCUCGCGGCAUUGAACUAACGAUCCACUCAGUUUCGAAGUCCGAUUGCGGCGUCGCUGCCGUGGAAAUCAAGAUAGAUCAGUGGAGUACGCUGGGGAGGUGGGGAUCGCGGCAUUGGCCUGCGCUGGUGUGCUGGUCCGUCGGUGUGGCCUCGAUACUCCUGUUUCAGGCGCUGGGUGCUGCAGAGGCCGGUCUUCGGGUGCCUUCGCUCGCUGCGUCAUUGUCCUCCUUCGCUCAACGGCCGCUUCCCGCGUUGCUCCUCGCUUCGCUACUCCUGGCACAUCUUCCUCUCCCGGCGAGCCUAUACAUUGGCACUGGCGGUGAGAUAUUUUUCACCCCCAUCGCGCCACUACUUCUCGCGACAGCAAGCGGCUUGGUAUGCCUCAGCUACGCGUUGCUCAUAAUCCUUAUGCUUCCCUUGCGGCUCCUUAGCAAGCGACAGGCAGACACGACGGUCCAUCGCAGAACUGUCUUCUCUAUGCUGCUCAUACUGCUGCUCAUAUUUCUGCUGGUCCCGUGGCAAGUCGCCUUCCUCGGUGCUUGGUGCAUUCAUCUUUAUACCUCUGCAACAUCCCGACGCAACGCCGUAGCGAUUGCACAGUCCUCCCGCACGACUUCCGAGGGAUCUCCCCAGGAAGACAACAAACCCGAAGCCUGUGCGAACGAUCGUAGUCCAUGGUCCGGAGCCGAUCGCCACAACAUGGAUAUGCAUAUUCUGCUGUUCCUUACGUGGCUGCUGCCGCUCACGGCACCCGUGCUCGCGGUGUGGGUCCGCACGCUGUUGACAGCCGGUUGGACAACACCCUUUGACGGAGAUCAUAAUCCACUGCUCGUCGCACCUUUCCUCGUACUCGUGGAUUUUGCUAGCUGGACGAGUGGUAUACUACUCCCCCGGCAGUCAAGGGAGCCAAUAUCGUUACGCAUCACUCUUAUAUUUGUGUCCUUGGUUGCUUUCGUGUGGGGUCCGCGGCAUACAUACACCAUCUUCGACGCCACCGGUGUCGCCAUUGGCGCACUAGUAACCAUACGUAUCGGUCCUCGAUACUGGGGUGGGGUUUCAUAUUUCAGGUAG